AAAAAAUUGUAUAUUUAUAAUCUGUUUCAUAAAUAUUUAAUCUGUUCCGACGAACAUCGGCGAGCAAGAAUGGAUUAGAAAAUUAUAAAAUUACAAAUGGCUUCCGCUUCCAACUUUCGGCUGCCGUAAUUCCUUGUUGGCAUGGUAUUUUAAAAUAAGAUCAAUUUAUUUGAGACGAACGUGUUCGAUCGAAAAUUUAGAGGAUAGUAAAGCAGCCUACACUAGCCGAUAAUCAUGGGCAUACAAGAUUUACAAAUAUUUUUAGAAAACGAGGGAGUAGGUGUUGAUUUGUUUCGAAUCGCGAGAACUCAUCCCGGCGGCUUCCGAUUGGUACUUGACGCAGAGGGAUGCCUAGAUCGAUUGUAUGGGGGCUAUUUUUCAGACUGGGCCUGUGGAGGGCAAUGGGCCCGCUGUGUGCAGUUUCUCACAACACUUGCCCAAGCUUUGGCGGAACAUCAAGUAGCACUAUGUGUUUGUUUCAAUGGGGCCCAUCCAACACCUCCAGCAUUGCCUCAACAUUGGAUACAAACCCAAGCAACAUACAGACAGAGAGUUAACUCUGUUUUGCGUCAUAUUGUUACAAAAGGUACUCCACCUCCCAAGGUUUGGUGGGUGCCUCCUACAGGAUUACAUUCUUGUCUAAGAACUGCUCUGAGAUACCUCAAUAUACCAAUUAUGGUGUCUUCUGAUGAUCAUUGCCAGGAAGUUGUUGGUUUGUGUAGAGAAAAGACCUAUGCUGGUCUAGUAGGCUGCUCCGGGGAAUAUUUGGUAUUCCAACCACCUAGAUAUUUUAGUUCGUCCCAACUUAAACUUACAUACAGAUCAUCCCUGGAAACCAAAGAAUACAUGGUACAUGAGCUGCCGAAAGUGUUAGAUGUACAACAAGACCGAUUAUGUCUCAUGGCUGCCUUGCUCGGUGGAGUUAUUUUGUCUGAACAAAGCCUUACUGAUUUUUAUAAACGAUUGGGCAUUGCUCAAAAGAAGCAACAAGUUCCUCCUGAAACUCUAAUCAAGACUGUUGGACAAUUUGUACGAGAUUUACCGACAUCUGAUGUAGAUGCUGCAUGUAUUGAAAUAUUUGGUGAUCUAAAUGAUCUUCGUGCUGCCAAACUAAAACAAGCCGUACAGUACUACCUUAAUGGUACCAAAGAUGGUUUCUUAAAAUAUAGAACUGCAUCUGGUCGUCGUCAAAAAAAUGUCAAGAAAAAUCAAAGGGCUGAGUCCAGUCCCCAAUCUACAUCUGCUGAUAUAGACACGUCUAAACUAGCAACCGAGUCUUCUGAGCACGAGCGAAAAGGCUUGGAAGAUUACAAAUUGGCUACGGCAAAUGCAUCGAUAAACGCCGACUUUAGCAUGGAAGACCAUUGUCAUGACUUGAGCUACAACGUUGCCGCCAUGUCGCUCGACGGUGGGGACGGGGCGCCCACCAAACAGCCGCAGUCGUCUAACACCACAGACAAACCUGCAGACAACAAAACUGAAAAACCUUCGACUAAAGAGGCAAUUGCAAGCGGGAGCAAGGCUAUCCACGACGACAAUUGCCCGGCCGCGCCGUCAGAAGUAUUGCGCACUUGCGCCGAGCGACACACCCGCGGUCUCAUGCAUCCACAGAUGCUGUCAAUCCUUACGCAUCGUCAAGUCACCCUUCCCGUUUUGAUGGAAGACGACAACCACCGCGAAAUACCAUCCAUACAUCACUUCUUUCGACCGAUUCGACAAAAUGUGUAUGCUAUCUUGUACAACAUGCACCACCAUCGUUUCAUGGCUCAAAAAGCUAAAGAUGAAGGUAACACAAGUUCUUCUACAAUGAAUGAGCGUGCAUGCACCGUGCAAGUGUCUGAAUGGAUCUACUCGCGAGUGAAUCCAGGAAAAAGCCCAGAACUUGUACCUGGAGUUAUGCUCGAUUGGCCUGUACCGACGGUGCAAAGACUUUGGUUUGGGACCGCUCAAGAUGAUAAGUGUCGUCGAAUGCGUGCGUUCCUUUCGUGUAUGCGCUCCGAUACUCCGCUCAUGUUGAACACGUCAUAUGUGCCACAACAUCUGCUCAUUCUAGCCACUGUUUUAAGAUAUAUCAUGACAUCUCAAAUACAAAUAUUGAGGCGACAAGAGUUAGAUGCAUUCCUCGCUACAGCUUUCUCCAAUGAUCUCAUGAAUGCCCUUCACUUACAAGAGAUGACUGUGAACGGCAUGAGCUCGCGCGGCGUGCAGCUGGCGGCGCUCGUGAUGGCGGGCGCGGAGGCGGCGCUCAUGGCCAACGACGCGUGCGGCGCGCCCGUGCCGUGGCUGGUGGCGGCGCCCUGGCUGUACUUCGACGGCAAGCUGCUGCAGCGCAACCUGUACCGCGCCGCGCACUGCAAGCACCUGGCGCAGCUCUGCGACAACCACCUCGACACCGUCGUCAAGGUGGAGAGAAUGCGCAAGGCCAUAUUGGAGGGGUUGGAAGUGGAAUUCGCGAUGCCACCGUUGCCGCUAGUGGGCGUGGUGGGCGAACCGCUCGCUUGGCGCGGACGCGGCCGCGGAGCCAGGCUGGAGAUCGCCGGCGUAGUGGUGGGCCAGUGGAGCGGGGGCUCCUACCCGACGCACGCUCGUGCACCGCGUUACCCACAGGUGAGCUACGUGGGCUACACGCCGACGCCGCGCAACGCGUACGGCGGGCGCGGCUGGCGCGGCGGGCGGGGGCGCGGGCGCGGACGCGGCGCGGCGCCGGCGGCCGGCGGUCGCGGCGGAGCGCGCGCGCGCCGCCCGCGUACGCACGAGCCCGCCAAGCCGGCCACCAUCACUCUCAACGGUAAAACUGUAAGGCCCGAGGAGUUGAACCCACCAGCUGACGACGGUAGUCCCCACGAAGAUAACUCUCAGCCUGAAAAUGAUGGUGAAGGACCCCAACCUCAGAAAACCAAGACUGGAAAAAAUGUAAAGAAAAAUUUAGGGAAAGGUAAAAAAAAGAGCUCCAACCAGAAGACUGAUGUCGCUCAGACCUUGGAAGCCAACGGACCACUGGACAAGGACAAGGUGACGGAACCUAAUCCUAAUUCUGAACAAGAGCACAUUGGUCAAGGUGACGCACCAGUUACUGAUAAUAUUUAAAUUGUUCCUUUAAUUCCAAAGGUAAAUUAAAUUUAUCCAUUUAUUUAUCUUAAUUUUUUUACAUUUACCUUUAAUAUAAUUCUUCCUCAUUAAUAUAUGAUAAUAGUUUGUUAGCUGUUUCAUUAUUUUUUUUCAAGGAAAGCUUGUAAAAGCACACAUUUACGACUCAUUAUUAAGCUAGUGAAACUCAAGUGUAGCAUUCCAUUAGUUUUCGAUUUGCAACAGCUAUUGCAAUUGCAGACCUUCAUCAAGCUAAAAUUGAUAAAAUAGAAAGACAAUGAAUAUUUUAUCAAUUUGAGCUAAGUUAAGCUAAGCUGUUAUUGCAAAGGAGAUGGUCCAUUUCAGGUCUUGUACCCCAUAUCAUUAAAAUUUGAAAAAUACAAAUUAAAAUCUAAAUAAGUGAAUAAAUCUAAGUAAAUAAAAAGAAAUUAAUGAAAUUAAAACCCAAGUUUUUGACUUCAAUCAAGAUGGCGCCCAUAAAGCAACUAUGACGUGACAAUUAAAAGCAAACGUCAAAUCGACUACUGCAUUGAAAACGUCAUCAUCGUUGCAUUUCUUGGGGGAGAAUGAAUAUUGUUUCGAAAGAAUUAAAUUCGUAGAUAUGAAUAAACAAAAAGAGGUUAUUUCCGCCAGGGUACAAUGACUGAUCCCGGGCUCCAUACAAUUUUGGACCAUCUCCUUCAUCCACACUAUUGAAUUCAAUAAAUACAACAUAAAUUGUUGAUGAUAUAAAUUAAUACAUUUUGGUGUUCACUAGCUUUACUUGACACAUUAUGAAACAUUGAUAUUCGGGAAAAACAACAUGGAACAACCACGUGAUAUGAAAUAUUUUAUGUGCACGAUUUUCUAAAGUUUCCAUGUAUUGUUAUAAAAAAAACAAUAAAAUAUGAUAAUAUUUUGGUGGCUGUCAGUAGACGUCUCGGUCGCAGUGUGUACGUGCCUCAACAUUUAACGGCCGUUUUCAAUAACCUAUCUAUCCGCCAUUUCGCUUACUAAAGUUAAGAAAAAUCUAUCUUUCUGUUCUCAUCUGCUUAUCAGUAAGCUACUGACAGUUGACUAUGUAAAGAUAGUUUGACUGUUACUGAUAAUCGAGGAUAGCUAUCUAUUCGUAAUCUUGGGUAGGUUUUUGAAAACGGGCUUUAGAGACUUCCCAAAUUGUGAGACUGAUUUUGUAUUAAUUGAAUUGGCACAACGUGUGCUCAAUUAAUUGUAAUAUGCAUGACGAAAUGACAGACCCAAUUUGAAGUGAUUUACACUUCUAACCCCUUAUUGAGACGAACAGUCUCUCUGGAUAUUUUGUGAUAUGUAACUAUGAGCAUAAUAAUAUUUAUAUAAAAACUUAAGUUCCAUAUCGUAGAGCAAAUAACAAAACAGCCAGAGUAGAUGAAGCUACUUUAAGUAGUACAGUAUAAUAUUUAUUGAUUAGAUAACACAACAUCUGUUGUCUGAUGAGUGAUAAUUAGAAAAUAUAUAUUAAAAUUAACAUGUUGAUUGUUAAGUCAUUGUCUACUGAAAUUUGAGAUGACUUAGUGAAAAAUGUGUUUAGUUUAGCAUAUAAAGUACUGAGUCAGCAUUAUUUAUUUACACAUAGUAUAUUUACAAUUUACCAAAUUAUAAUUUUUUAUUUCUUUGGUUUGGCCUAUGGAAUCCCUGAAUUUUUUGGACGAAACUAUUUUUGAGUUUUGAAGUUUCUAUUCUCUGCCUGUGGCUGUUAGUUAUGACAUACCUGAUUUGGUAGGCUAAACCAAUUGUGUUCAGACUUGUUUUUAGGAUUCAUUGUUGUAUAUUUAGGCUUUAUUGAAUGAGUGAGUGCUCUGAUCCAUCCGACAUUUGCAUACACUGAUACCAUGCAAAAGUGCCAAUAUACGAAGCAUAAGUCUCAAAGCAUAAUAUCAGACACUUCUGUUUUCGAGUUACAUAGUAGUAAUUGCAAGAGAUGCGUGGAAUUAGUGUAUCAUUGAUAUUUUAUGAAGCGUUGUGUCAAGGUCGGAUGUUUUAUACCAUAGUGGUAGGAAGGAUGAUAAGAUUAGAAUAGAAGUUGCAUUUAUUGAAUGACGGUGGUGCUUUGAAAUUUAGUCUGUGGGACUGCCUGAAACGAGUCUGAAACUCAUAGAUUUAAGUCUAAUGAUAGACGUUUAAUAAAACUGAACGAACAUUCGGGUAUUGAGUUUUCCACAUCCUAUAGGGUAUUAUUUCGAUAGAAUAUCGUAGAUUUAUUAGUGAUAUAUUUAUAUGCAUUUUAGGAAUCUCAAAACUGCGAAUGUUCUUCACUUUAUAUGUAUUUUUGUAAAUUUGUUAUAUUGUUACACUUAAAUUAAGCUGGAAUGACUAACAACAAUUUUAUUAAGACAAAGUCUUGAUACUCGAUCGGUGGUACACUGUCGAAUUGUAUCAUGGUACUUCGACCUGCUUGAACUAUUUGCAUAGAUGUGGUGCUUGGCGAAUUAUGCGAUCUCAAUACGGCGAUGGUAAAGUUAGUCAAUACAUGUAAAACACUAGUAGAUAAUCUUCUUGGUCUUGUGCACAAAUUGUAUCUUAUUUUAACCUCAAAAAUAUUUUCAGAUUUUUCGUUGUUUAAUUUUUAGGUAAAAAAUGUUAGUUCACCAAUUUUUUUUUUAAAUAACAUUUAAUUAUCUAUAAUGAUUUCCUUGUCAAUUGUGUUUUUGGUCGCGGAGUCGCGUGUUCAGCGAGCACCGCAUCGUCGCAAGUCGCGCAUGUAGGACACAAUGUUACAUUCCAUUUGAAUAACAGAAUCGUUCGUGAACACGAACCGUCGACACCAGUAGAGAAUGGAACUAAAUGAAGACUUUACAAUUUGCUUAUACCCUGGCUGAAACAUAGACAACAUAUGUUGCCACAAUAACAUUAAUUGAGUUUAACAAUGAAGACAUGAUCAGUGAGCGCGGCGCACGGGGCGCGAGCCCCGGUGAUGCCAAUCAAAGUAAUGUAAUGCAUCUCGACUAUUUUGUAUGUACGGCCACGGGAUGGCCGGAGCCGGCGUCGACCGGGCUCCAAUGCUAUAAGCAAACUGCCGCCUACCGCGGCAAAACACUAUAUAAACUUAUAUUAUUGCUUGCUUAUUAAUAAACACGAUGUGUAGCGUUUAGAAUUUUAACUUCAACGUAUUUUUUGAUUUGUUUAAUAAUUAUAAUGUAACAACAUUAAAGCAUGUUAGAGGUUUGGUUAUAUGUAAAGGGGAAUUCGACAUUUUAUAUUAGUCGAUUUCGAUUUAAAGGCACCAUGAACUUUUACUGUUGAGUAAAUAAAAUAAAAGAUAAACUAUGCUUUUUACGUUACCGUUGCCGUACGGCGUAAAUAUAUAAUGUACUUUGUCACAUGUUUUAAAAUGUAAUCUUAGCGGUGUUUCCAAGAAGGAAGUAGUUUUUAAUUUUUUUUCUCUUAAAACAUUAUUCACUAUAGUUUUAGAAUAUUCAACAGUGUAAUACCUUUUACUCCAUAUUUUAAAACUCGUUUGCUGACAAUUGUCUCUUAAACAUUGUCAACAUAUAAUAAAUGUAUUAGAAAAUAUUUGUCAUGUAAUACAUAACACUUUUUUCGUAAUAAUUGAAGUAGCAACAUGGAACUGUGGCUUUUUUGAAAACACUUAUAACUUAAGUACAUAAACCUGCUAAAUGUAUUAAACUUUUAAAAAAAUGUUCAUAAUACUAUUUUAGUUCAUGAACACAAAAAAAAUAUAUAUUGGAUCAAUUUAAAUUGUAAAGAGUUGUAUUUGUCUUCAAAUAAAACGUUCCAUUAUUAA